AUGGCCAUGGUCAUGGCCAUGGGCAUGGGCAUGGUCAUGGUCGGGGUCGGGGUCGGGGUCAUAGGUCGAAAGCGGCGGCCUGGUGCUGGGCUGGGUCCGCUGAAGAAGAGCUCCGGUAGGUUCCGCAAGUGGGACUCGGGUCGGAGGGCUACCGUUGUGGCACGACGGAGAGGAAGCGCAGGCCAUCGCUUACACGGCGUCAUCAGGGCUGGUAAUGUGCGAUCGGGCCAGGGCGAGGUCCUCAUGCAUGGCCGCGAGGUUGAGCGGAUGCUGCUGCGCGCAGAGGUGGUCCAGCCGUUCACUGCCUCAUUCCCGCUCAAGCCGUCUGAUCGCUACGUCGCGCCGCCCGACGAGCUCGACGGCGGACGGGUCCACACCAGACGGGUGUCGCGGGCCAAGCGCGAGGCCAUGCGUCGCGCAAAGAUAUUCCGUAAUCGGGUCCGCAAGCUGUACGCUACCUCUUACCUCGAGUCGCUCGGCGUCACGCCAUCGGCAUCCAACAUUGCUGCCUGUAUGGAUGCCUUCCCAAUUCCGGACUCGGCCAUCCGCGAGUACUACGCCUCCAUGGGCUGGUCGAACGACUACGUCAUGGUCGAUCCAGGCCCGGUCGCCAAGCCCAAAGCCCACCUUGCGCUCCAUCACAACCACUUUUCGUACUUUGGUGCCGGCAAGGCUGUCGACGAGGCCCUCAAAGAAGCUGCGCUCGACCGGCUGCUGUUUGACGGCGAGGGCGAGGGCGAGGCUAGGGCCGGUGGCCGUAAUGAUGAUGACGACGGCGACGACGACGGUGACGGUCAGUCCCACCCGGAAGGAGACCUGGCACCAGAGGUGGCGGCGGCGGCCCGGAGCGCGUACGUCGACCGGGCCACCCUCGUCCGGCGCGGCAUGCUCGAGAUCUCCAAGCUCAUGGCGAAAGAGGCCGAGAACCAUGCCGGCGACAAAACUAUCGGCGGAAGCCUAUUGGGACGGAUGCGGUCGACGGUGCUUGACGACGAGGCCGAGCUGCGGGCGCGCGGAGAGCGGCGGCGGCCGCUGGCCAUCGACGGGCGUGAGCUGGAGGAGAUGCAGAAGGUUUUCCUUGACAUGUUUCCGCUUCAUGCCUUUGCCUCAUCGCUUGGUGUGAGCGCCAGCGAGUGCCGGACUGCCGAGGAGGCGCUUAUCUCGCAGUUUGUGAGCGCAGUUAUCCGCGAGGCCAUCACCUACGUCCACGGUGUCCACGUUGCCGAGACACGCGAUACUGAGGCGCUCGGAUGGGCGCUUGUUGGCGUCGUCACACACAUGGUGGAGCUGGAAAUCCCACUGAGGGAGACCGACCACUACGUGGCCUUUCACGUCCCCGUCAUCCUACUCUGCAUCAAGACCGUUGUCGAGGCCUACUUCCGCAAGCACGUUGCCGCCUCGCUCACCCGCCGCGACGACCUCAUGCCGCAGAUCACGCGGACGCUGACCCAGCUGUUGGACCCGGGUAAGUUCCGGUCGCACAUUCUCGAGGCCGAGAGCCAGCGUCCGCCCGAGGUUGCACCGGGCGAGAACAUUGGUCGCGGCCAUCGGGCGCUGGUGGCGCUCACUGGCCUCGACCGUCGGGGCGGGAAGCGGCGCCAGGUCGGUACACGAGGACGCCGUGAUGCCGUCUUCUACCAGACCUCGGCCGCCAUCCACGCCGCCUACCCGAAGCUCUCGCAUCCGCGCGGGCGGAUCAUGCGCCGGCUUGCGGGUGACGCCGGGCGGCCAGAGCCCGGGACCCUCGUCCCGCUCAACAAGCACCAGCGCGACGCUGUCCAUCGUGCGGUCGUGGCCCGGCUGCGGAGCGUGGGCGAGGCUCGCGCCCGUGCCCGCGCCCAUGCUCAACAAGACCGCUUUGCACAGUGGGACCACGGCUCGGAAGCCGACUCGUUUGCGUCGUGGGACGCAGGCGACGCGAGCACGCCUGACAUCAGCGGCAGCGUCGUCGAGGUCUCACAGGGCGCUAUCCAGGCCGCGGUCGACACCGUCAAGGACCGCGUGGCUGCCCUCGCCCGGUCCCGUCAGGCGUACGAUGCACACGCCAAGGAUCUUGCCGCUCGCGUCGCCAAGCUGCGCGACGCCGUCGAGGACGUCAUGAGCGAGGACGAGUGA